AUGGAAGAUGCUGGUGUCAAGUACAUUAAUAACAGCCAGAGUACUUCUGAUUCAAAUAAAGAUCUAGAAGUAUUGGAAAAUAUUCCAAGCAACAGAAAUGUAUCAUCACCUAUGAUACCUAGCUUGGAUACAACAGAUUCUUACAUGCCAUUAAAGAAGACACAUGCUUUUAGUAAUCUACGGAAUCAUCGUUAUCCCUUCAUUAAAAAGCGAAGUUCCAGUCUUGAUGACUUGGAUGUUGACAAUGGAGAUGAAAGAAUGUCUAACCGGCCCCAUAACUGCUAUUCUUCAGUGUCCUACAACUCUUCUGUAAUCUUACCUAGUGAUAGGGAGCGGUUAAGUGCUUCAGAGCCCACCACUAGAUUAUUGGAUGGUAGUAUGAACAGAGCUGAAUCUCUUCCUUUAUCCAGCAGUUUACAGUCCAAGGAAUCUCUACUUUCAGGAAUUCGUUCUCGUUCAUAUUCUUAUACUUCACCCAAAGUCUUAUUGGGCAAACCACAGUAUGCCCAGGAAUUUAUACAAUGUGAUUCAAAUGAUGAAUCACACGCAUUCAGUUUGCAUGAACACUCAGAAAAAGGGAUCCAAGAAGAAGAAUGGGAUAAGUAUAUAAUACCAACAAAAUCAGAGUCUGAAAAAUAUAAAGUUAGCCGAACAUUCAGUUUUCUAAUGAAUAGAAUGGCCAGUACACGAAAUAAGUCUAAGGCAAAAAACAAAGAUGCCAAAGAAAAAGAGAAAGCCAACAGACAUCACUUUGUUUCUGGAUCUUAUGCUGGG